AUGUCGUCGAGCACAGAGCCUCCGAACGUCGACGGCGCGCUUGCGACGACAACCGUCGCCGCCGCUGUCGCAGGACUCGCUAUCGCCUCACCAGAUAGCACCUCGCCUUCCCCCCAAGGUCUCUCGGAGUCCACCGCGGUCAACGGAGUCAAUGACAAGCAGAAAACGACAAACGGGGCAGGCGGAGAGGGUAAUCCUGCGCGGGAGGUAACAGGCGACGUCGCACAGCACGGCGGCGACGACGACGACGACGAUGGCGACUCAGAACCCGCCUCUCCCUGUUCGUCCUCUGCCCGUAUGGGUCACUCCCACUCGUAUUCCUAUUCCGACGGCUUUGCAUCCGACGAGGCGGAUGUUAAAGCGGGCGCGGGGCCCUGCGGGAAGCGCGGGGGGCACUACGCGUCCGCGCACUACAAGCGCGGCGCAGGCGGCGCAAGCUUCCCCGCCGCCGCGGGGUCCAGCGGGCGCAGCGGACGCCUGGACGUCGAGUCGGCGGCGGCAGCGGCUGUGGCGGCCAUAGCGGGAGCCGGCGCAGCAGGUUCCGCGGGUUCCGCGCAAUCGUCGCAGGCGUCGUCCGCGCGGCACGGCGGGUCCGCGCGGGCGCGGUCGAUGCGCAUGGCGGCGCGCCGAGAGCAGGGGAACGCGGGAGCAGGCGGAGUAGGAAUGCGGCGGAUUGCGGAAGAGGAGCGGGAGGAUGGCGGAGCGGGUGUCGGGGCGAGUGCGGGAGGCGGGGCGGAGAUCGUGGGGAAUGGGGGAGGGGUCGAGGCGGAGGCAGGCGCAGCAUCGGUGGGCGUCGCGGGUGGAUCCGCGGGCCAGUUGCAAGCUCCGCCUUCCGCCAACGCGCAGGGGCACACGCACGCGCACGGGCACGGGUACGGGCACUCGCACCCGCAAUCCCGCGCGUCUGUGCAGCCGUUGGCGCAAGUCCACACGCGCGCAAUGGCGCAUGCGAACGGGGGUUUCCGCGCGCCUGCCACGCGCAGCCCGCGCUGGCGCCACGUGGGCGCGGGGGAUGGAGGCGCGCAUGCGGCGCAGGCGGGCGGGGAAGCCGGCGGAAGGGGAGGAGGCGGUGUCGGUGGUGGGGACGAGAGAUCCGCCGCCGCGGCCGCCGCUGCUGCUUCUGCUAGCGCUGCCGCCGCCGCCGCGGGUACUCCUGGUGCUGGCACCAGCAGCAGCAGCAGCAGCAGCGGUGCUUCCCCGUCCACUGGUGCUGCGAGUAACGGGCUCACCGCUUCCUCUCUCCUGCUUCACAACGCAUCGCACAGCAGCAGCAGAGCACAGCCGCCCGCACACAGGGAAGGGCUGGCCGCGUCUCACAACGGGAAUCCCACCGCGGCCCUGAAUCCAACGGGAAUGGCGGCGGGAAGGACGGAUAAGCAUGGGGAUGGCGACGGGGACGGGGAUAGCUCGUCAGCAGCGGCAGAGGAUGGUACGGCAUCGGUGGGGAGCAGGGAGAUGGGACCUGGGGGAGGGCUUUCUGCUGCGGCGUGGAGAGACGCUGCGUUUGCAGCGGACGACCGGACCUAUACUUCAGGCUCGGACAGCGACUAUCCCGGAGCUCCGAGCUCGCGCCGGGAGCUCUGGAUGGCCCCGGACUGGCAGACCAGGUCCGGGGAAGCUGCUGCUGCUGCCGCUGCCGCUGCCGCUGCUGCUGCUGGUUCGGCUGGUGCCUCUGCUGGUGCGGGGACCGGUGGUGGGGGUGCUGCUGGGGGGGGUGUGACUAUAACGGGACGGGCUGUAGGGGGGACUGCGGCCAGGCCGGGAAGGCAGGAAGGUGGAGGCAUGGGCGGAGCGGGGGGGAGAGUUGGGGGAGCAGCGGGGGGAGCAGGGGCAGGCGCAGGCGCGGGGGGAGAGGGACUGGGGGAGCAGGCGCUGGGGGAAGGGGAGGGGCGGAGAGGGGCAGAGGCGGAGGGGGAGGAGAAAGCGGAGAAGGAUCAUCAGGGGGAGGCGAAAGUGGGGGAGGCGGAGGCGGAGGGGGGGGAGGAGGGGGAGGAGACGGAGGAGGAGGAGGUGGGGAGGGCGAGUGUGGGGGAGGAGGGAUCGGAGAGGGAGGGGGGGGCGAGUGCAGCAGGGGAGGAGGUGGGGGGGUAUUCUCCGGACGAGGAGGAUAGUGUGGAGGGGCAGAGGCGGAAGGUGAAGGGGCGCGUGAGGAGGAAAGCGGGGGAUGCGCGGCGAGCAGAGGACAUGGCUGCACGGCAGUCGGAUGAUGACUCGGGGAUUGACUGA